AUUGUGCUUAUAGCUGCAGAUCAAAGGAAAAGUCGAGUGAAAAUCUAAAAAGAGCCUGCCAGGAUAUGGCAGCCAUAUGUUUUUGGGUUCUCCCAGUGGCCAUUGUUGGGCUUAUUGUUUCAUCCCAAGCUGCGAAAACGGGACAAGUGCAAGCCACCUCCGGCAGUUGUGCGUUUCACACGCUCGACGGAGUCGCCGCGGAAAGCGAAGGUGUGCGCUUCAUCCGACUCAGGGAAGACGCCCAGGUGGGCAAGGAGAUCCUCAGACUGCAGGCCUAUCCCCGAUCCACGGCUGCCCUCAAGGGAGCCGAUGCGAGCGGGGACCACAAGUACUUCAACCUCACGGAGCACAAUGCCACCACCUUGGUGAUCAGCCUGGCCCGAUCACUGGAACGACUAGUGGACCGCGAUGUCCCCCGGAACCUGCUCAAGUUCCGGAUCCUCUGUGCCGGAAAACACGAGAAAUUGGAGGAGGGUAGCUACCUAUCUAUCACCGUGUAUAUCGAAGAUGUGAACGACAAUGCGCCGGAGUUUCUUAACGUACCCUACGUAGUCGAUGUGGAUGAAAACACCUCCAUUGAGAGCAUAAUCUUUGAGGGAGUACAGGCUUUCGAUCGUGACAAGCCCAAUACCCCCAAUUCCGAGGUUCACUUCAGCAUGUCCACGGUUCCGGAGCAAUUAUCAGCUGAUGGAAGUCCUUUCUUUGCCCUCAAAAGUCCCCAUCGACCACUGCUCAUGCUGAAGCGGGAACUGGACUUUGAUAAUGGCAUCAGACAAUUUAAGCUGCCCAUAUUUGCCUGGGAUCGAGGAACCCCUGCUAACCAAGCAAACACCACGAUCACAAUCAAUGUGAGAGAUGUGGAUGAUUUGCCGCCGAAAUUCACCGAAGGUGUCUAUCGAACCAGGAUCAAUGAGUUCUAUCCGAUGACUGGGGUACCUAUAAGGAUACCCCUGUACUUUGCCCCACCCAUAAUGGCCUUCGAUCAGGAUUCGCUGAACGCUUCACUUGUAUACGACAUCAUUUCGGGUAAUGAGCGUCAGCUGUUCCGGGUGAAUCCCCACAAUGGUGUCAUGUAUCUGCAAAAAGAAAUCGAUCUCGAGGAGGAGAGUCUACCAGGCAAUACUUUUGUUCUUCAGCUUGAAGCGCGGCAGAAAGAUAAUCCCCUCAAGAAAGCUUUAGCACGCAUCGAAGUGGAGGUUUUGGAUCUGAAUGACAAUGUUCCCGAAUUCGAAGCUGAUUUCUAUAACAUUUCCAUUGUGGAGAACCUGCCCACUGGCUUCAGUGUACUCCAGGUUAAUGCAGUGGAUCGCGAUCAGGGCGAGAACUCGGAAUUUCUGUACAAUCUAGUGGAGACCAAGGAUGCCACGGGUGCUUUUCGUAUAGAUUCCCGAACGGGUUGGAUAACUGUGCGCGAUGAUCGCUUGCUAGAUCGUGAACAGCGAAGAUCUAUCCAACUCAAUGUGGAGGCCCUCGAAAGGAAUCCAUCGUAUCUGGAUGAUAAGCACUUGAAGAAGCCAGGACCCAGCAAGGUUCAAGUGGAGAUCACUUUAUUGGACACGAACGACAAUACACCAAAGUUCGAACACGGCAAUCUAUAUGAGUUCAAGGUGCCCAUCAAUGCUCCCACGGGCUAUGUGAUUGGCCAGGUGGUUGCCCACGAUCCAGAUGAGGGUCCCAAUGGUAAACUGCUAUAUGAGCUUCAAAGGCCGAAAGGUAGUGGUUAUAUACCUUUCCGAUUGGAUAACAAGAAUGGUACUAUCUAUGUGGGUGGACCUCUGCGAAGGGGACGAAUUGCAGUCUUUGUGGAGGCCAGUGAUCAGCCCACAAAUCCUUCUGAGCGACGAUUUUCCUUGGCAGUAAUCACAAUUGAAGUGUAUGCCACCAUUGAUGACCAGGCCAUUGAUUUUGUGGGUGCCCCUUACGAUUUUUGGGUGGGUGCGAAUACUCCCUUGGGAACCUCAGUGGGUCAAGUACGCACCACUUUGAUCUACGACGGAGAGGAUGAGAUAAUGUACGAUCUCCUGCACACUUAUUCAGAGGGUGUUCCCUUUGCCAUCGAAGAGCGAUCGGGUAUUAUCACAGUCAUAAGGGAACUAUCGGAAUUCAAGCGGAAAGUCUACCAGUUUGAAGCGGUGGCAAAUUAUCUCUUUGCCAACUCUUCGCAAUCACUGGUCAUGUCGCGAAGUUCAUCGCCUUUGACCACAAUAGCCUCGCCCGGUGAACUCACCGAUGAAGGUGUACUCAUCACAAAUCUUACCAUCCAUAUUGUUAACAAGCCAGAGCAAAAGGUGCCCCUAAGACCUGUCAUAGAGGAGAUCAACAUGAACGUCAUCAACUUCCAUGUGGAGGAGAAUGUUGUUGGCGGCAUUAUAGGACAAUUGCUGUACAAGAACGGAAUCAAUCUGGUGAACAACGAGUUGGGAACUUUCCGCGAAAUGCCCUCAGAAGCAACUGGACGUAAUCUCACCAUGGGCAGUAGAUUCCGCAGCCGAAACCGGAGUCGCAGUUCCAAGUCAAAGCGCCGAUUGCCAAGACGAUUAGUGGGAGAUACAAACAUAAAACUCCGCUAUAUCAUUGCCAAUCAGCAGGAGGUGGUCAACAAGAUCUCCAUAACGGAGGAUGGAACUCUGCUCACCUUGACCGGACUGGAUCGGGAGCAGCAGGCCAGCUACGAGCUUACUGUGAUCGUGGAGUACAGCACGGGACUGGUGAGUGGAGCUGGGAUCUACCAGGUGAACAUCAAGGUGGACGAUGUCAACGACAAUGCUCCCAAGUUCAAUGCACUCACUUAUGUGGGUUUGAUCAAUGAAAACUGCGCCGUGGGCACGGAGCUAUCGAUGAACCAUGCGAUUCUCAUCCAGGAUGCCGAUGAAGGACCAAAUGCUGAGUUUAGAGUUCAGCUUCAGGGCGAUUAUAGCGAAGAGUUCAGCAUAGAAUACAUAAAUGGAAGUUCGUCGGGAAAUACCACUCAGCAUAAAAUGCCAUCCACAACAGGGGCCUUUAAUAUCUUUAAUCUAACGGAUCAAUGGAACGAUGAGUUCAAGUACCAGGAGUUGCACACCACCUUUAUGCAAACAAACUUUAAGCUCAGUUCUGGGCCGUAUUUCCGCGUCUCCUAUACGGGAAAGAAAGGCUUGGAUCGAGAGAAACAGCAGUUGUACAAUCUGAAGAUUAUAGCCACCGAUUCGGGGGGUCUCUCUGGAUACGCCCAUCUUACUAUUCUCGUGGCCGACGUCAAUGACAAUGCUCCGAUGUUUGAGCGCAUUUCGGUUUUUAAGGAUUCCCGCUUGGAGAUCCGUGAAUACACCACCGACAUGGAGAUUUACUUUGUGGAGAGCUCGAGUGGGUUGGCAGCACCUCAGGCAACGGCAGCUAUGAUGCUGGCCCCACCUCCUUAUCACAUUCCCGGAUCACCGAGGUACAAUCAGGAUCGGGAGAGAUCAGUGGGAAUUGGGUCAGGUUUGGGGGUGGUGGCUAGAGCUAAAUCACGACGUAGAAUGGUCCGUGCCGUUUCCAUUAAGUGUCCCCUGUUUGCCAUUUAUGAGGAUACGCCGGUGGGUACGAAGGUCCUUCAACUGAGUGCCAGUGAUGAAGAUUACGGAAAGAAUGCCCAGCUGCACUACGAGCUUCACGGAGAACAGGUGGAACGGACACCCGGAAUGCCCAUGGUGCGGGUUCAGGGAGGGAGGUAUUUUACAAUCGACAAACUUAGCGGAGAGCUAUCGGUAAACUAUCCUCUGUCGGCCAAUAUCGAGAUUUGGUUAAAUCUUACAGUGACUGAUAUAGAUGGUCUAAAGGACUCUGCAUGCCUGCGAUUCACCGUGAUGGAUGUUAAUAAUCAUGCUCCAACAUUCAAGAAGUCCUGGUACAGCUUUGAUACCCCAGAAGGGGAGUACAAAGAUAGCGUUUUGGGUCAACUGACAGCCAUAGACAUGGAUUUUGGCGAGAAUGCCAAUAUAACGUAUACGAUCAGUGACUCACAUCUGCCAUUUUCCAUCAAGCCAGCCUCGGGAGUCCUUAAGAUCAGUGGGCAGCUCGAUCGGGAGCUGAAGGACAAGUACAGCUUCCAGGUGAUGGCCACGGAUAAUGCCCCGGUGAUGCAGCGAAUGUCCAGCAGCGUGGAUGUGGAAGUAAAUGUCCUGGAUAUCAACGAUAAUCGUCCGGAGUUCAUUGGCUACGAUGAUCAGACAAAGGCGGUGAAAUUUAUACCAAAUGUGGCAGAUCGCACGAUGAUGUUGCCGGUUUAUAAAGCAUAUCUGGAUCGCAGCACCCAACCGGGAACUUUUGUAAGGCAACUCACGGCCAUUGAUAAGGAUAAUGUGGGCAACGGCAAUGGUCUGGUCUUGUACUCCAUUCGCCAUCAGGAAAUGCAGGCACCACUCUUCCAAAUCGACUCCAGGGAUGGUACCAUCUCUACAAUAUCCCGAAUAAAUGGCUAUAACGAUUACGAACAUCUGAAUGUCUCUGUUAUAGCCUCGGAUGUGGGAAGUCCAGCUUUGUCUGCCACGGCUGUGGUGAUCGUAAACCUCCAGGGACAGGCAGUUACGGAUCCACCCAAGUCCACUCCUAAGCCAGAACCUCCUGUUAAUGUAACCGUAUUCCAGCAUGCCUACUAUGAGGUUAAACUCACGGAAAACAACGAAGCUCCCAUUGAGGUGAUGCGGUUGAACCUUAGUGCUGGCCUCAAUCCCGAGAACUAUCGGUGGUCUCUGUGGUUGGAGGAGGGUUUGGAUGAAACGGAUGCUCAUCCGCCCUUUGAAUAUGAUGCCAAGAAUAUGCUGUUGUAUGCUCUCAAACCCUUUGACAGGGAGCAUAUAUCGCGGUAUCAGUUAAGGAUUCGGGCUGAUCGAUUAAGUCGGGAAGCUAGAAAUUAUGCCAGGGUCUCAUAUCCGGUGGUAGAUGAACGAAUAGAGGGUCUGUCGCUCAACGAGUGUCGAAUUCUGGUCCAUAUAGCGGACGAAAAUGAUAAUUCACCAAAGUUCCGGGGGAAUGGUCAACCGAUUGUGGCGGUUCUCCCACAGAGUGCCAGCUUUGGAUACCCUGUAACGCGGGUGGUGGCCAACGAUUUGGAUGAGGGUCUUAACGCCGAGAUACGCUAUAGACUGCUUAAUGAGCCAACUCGACUUUUUGGCAUCGACGAGUUGUCCGGUAAUAUUCGCCUACUGGGGGACCUUUCCCGAGACGAACGCAUCUACGGAUUCGAUGUGAAGGCCACGGAUCGUAUAGGUGCUGAUGAUGGAAGGAGUGGUAUCGUCAACGUCUUUGUCUACAUCAUCGAUGAGGCCAAGCAAGUACGUCUGGUGGUGGCCGGAAUGCCCGUUGAAGUUGAACGUCGUAUUGAAGGACUAAUGGAAGCCCUGAGCGAUGCCAUUGGCAAGGAUGUGCGAGUGAGAUUACUGGAACCAUACUCUGGAGGUCUAGAAGCAGCCACCAAUGCCUAUAUCUAUGCAGUCGAUCCGCACACGAAUUCCAUUAUGGAAAUGGAGCAACUUCAGGAGUCCCUGGCUGGCCUCCAACUGGAUGCACUGCAGCUGCAGCAGCAGAAGCUCGACGGAGGAAAGCCCAUGCCUCGCAUCAUCGAGCUGGCGGAGUUUGGACAAUCCCCACGGCCCACACAUGCCUCUUCAUCCAGUUUCAUGGGAGGAUUGGAGUUCGUGACUGUGGUUCUUCUCGCCCUGAUCAGCCUGGGUGCCCUGAUGGCCGCCUGUUGCUACCUGUGCAUGCGCCAAAAACGCCGUCUCUGGUCUCAGCGUGAUUUUUCCGCCUCGGAUGGCGGUCUCACCUAUACCAUCGCCGGAAUCGGAUCCCCUCGUGGUCAGAAGCAGCGGCGCCAGCGGCAGCAGCGACACACUCAGCGCUGCAGCAAGGGCAGCAGCACGGGCAGCCAGCGACCCACGAGUGCCUUCAUGCCGGAGUCCGUCUGCUCCUCGGCGCAGACCCAGUCGACGGCCACCGCCACCGAGAAACUGGAGCAGCAGUUGCACCAUCACCAUCAGCAGCAGGCGAUGGCCACGCAGCAGCAGCACCAUCAGUACCUGAACGAGCAACAGCGACAGCAGCAGCGCGAAUAUAUAGACGUACCUCUUCCCAAAUCGAUUGUCAAGGCGGCAGCGGCGGCGGCGAGUGGGGGCGACGGGAAUGUGGGCGCCGGGAGCACUCCAUUUGUGCUCAAGUACAAUGCCUGUCAGCCGGUGAACAAUCUUAACAACUACGAAACCUCGCUAUUCUCACUCCACUCCACGGGUCAGGACUCCGGGGUGGAGUUCCUGAGCAGUCGCGAGCUGUACGAGACCUCGCCGGACUCCUUUCAGCACGGUGGCUCCAAGCGCAGCAACAAUCCCGAAUUACUCUGCCCCAGACAUGCCAAGGCCCACUUGGAGCUGCGCCAGCCCCAUCCAAAUACAGACAGCAGUGACACCUACGAGGACUCGCUGAAGACCGAUGAGCCCCUGGUGGCCCACAACUGUCGGAGUGCCAACUGCGAGCACCGCCAGCAUCAGCAGCCCUCCAACCACCAUCCCCACUACCAGAACACGCGUUUCGAGAAGCGCUCCUGCGUCCGGCACUCCUUCUCCGGGGUCAAGGACGACCUCAUGCAGCAGUCGCCGCAGAUCUCGCUGCGCCCCCGGGGCCACGCCCUCCGCAACUCGAUGAACGACCUGGAGCAGAGGUUGCACAAUCUGGAGCAGUCCUUUCGCCGCCCCCUCGAAUUUAGCAAAUCGAAUUCUUUGUUUUAGGUUUUCUUUAGCAAGAAAAACAGUGCAAUUUUUAGUUUAGUCAACUAUGCUUAGAUGUUAGAUGUUAGGAAACA